AUGUCCGACUCUGUCUCCAAACGUCGUCGCAUCCAACGGUCCCCUUCUCCGGUCUAUAAGCUAGAUGACACAGAUGCCUAUGAACCUUAUGUCCCCGUAGCCCAACGCCGGCAAGCAAAGAUUGCAAAGCUCUCAUCGUGGGGGGCCAAUGGUGACAGAGACAAGGCGCGUCGGCUGCAGGAGGAGAUGGAGGAAAAGGAGGACGAAGAGAUGGAGGAAGUGAGACGAAGAGAAAAGGCUCGUAAGGAGAGGACAUUAUUGAUGGAGGCCCAGGAAGUUCAUUCCAAAAAGGCUGCCGAAGAUGCAAAGAAGACCGACGCCGAAAAGACUGCAGAGGAGGAAGCUCAGAUUCUUGCUGCUAUUGCGAGCAGAAAAAAACUGGCGUCCGAUAUGGAGCUGGCCAAAGGUAUCCAGUAUACAGAAGCUCUUAAAACAACAUGGAGACCGCCCAAGUAUAUACGAGAUACUCCAGUAGAAGAGAUCCAAAAGAUACGCGACAAGUAUCACAUCGUUGUGGAGGGUGACGAAGCUACACCACCCAUCGAGCAUUUCGCCGACAUGAAGAUACCUGAACCACUGUUGAAGUUUCUGAAGUCAAAACGUAUAAUCACUCCAACGCCAAUUCAACUACAAGGCCUACCAGUAGCGCUCUCAGGCCGAGACAUGAUAGGCAUUGCGUUCACCGGUUCUGGGAAAACACUUGCAUUCUGCCUCCCGCUUAUGAUGCUUGCUCUCGAGGAAGAAGUCAAACUCCCUUUUAUCCGUGGUGAAGGCCCGGUCGGCGUCAUAUUAUGCCCCUCGCGCGAACUGGCAUCGCAGACAUAUGAAAACAUCCUGCAAUGGGCCGAGGCUCUCUCGAGCACAGGUCAGUAUCCUCGCUUGAACACACUGCUAUGCAUGGGGGGUAUUUCGAUGGGGGAGCAAAGCCACGUGUUAAAUAAGGGGCUGCACAUUGUUGUUGCCACUCCCGGGCGGCUCAUCGACAUGCUCGAGAAGAAGAAGUUUAACUUCGACAGCUGCAAGUACAUGUGCAUGGAUGAGGCGGAUAGGAUGAUUGACUUGGGCUUUGAGGAUGACGUACGGAACAUCAUGAGCUUCUUUAAGCGCCAGCGCCAAACUCUCCUCUUCUCGGCCACCAUGCCCCGUAAAAUCCAGGACUUUGCCCAACAAUCCCUCAUCCAACCUGUCCUAGUCAACGUCGGUCGCGCUGGUGCAGCCAAUUUGGACGUCCUACAGGUCGUAGAGUAUGUUAAGCAAGAGGCCAAGAUGGUUUAUCUCCUUGAAUGUUUGCAAAAGACUGCUCCUCCGGCGAUCAUUUUCAGCGAUAACAAGAACGAAGUCGAUGACAUUCAAGAAUAUCUUCUUCUUAAGGGCGUAGAAGCAGUGGCCAUACACGGUUCUAAAUCGCAAGAAGAACGACAAUAUGCCAUCAAGUCUUUCAAAUCCGGUGCGAAAGAUGUCAUGGUCGCGUCAGGUGUUGCCUCCAAGGGGCUUGAUUUCAACGACAUCCAACACGUCAUUAUCUUCUCUAUGCCCAAAGAGAUUGAGGACUAUGUCCAUCAGAUCGGCCGCACUGGGCGAAGUGGUAGAACAGGUAUCGCAACGACCUUCGUAAACAUGAAUACAUCAGAGCAAACCUUGUUGGAUCUGAAAUAUCUACUCAUGGAGGCGGGCCAGAAAGUCCCGCCAUUCCUGCAAACUAUCGAGGACCCGCGAGCUGCACAAGGCGGAUCACUCAAAGGAUGUCCAGUCUGCGGAGGUCUUGGACACGGUAUUUCCAAUUGCCCGAAACUGGAAGAUACUCAACGCAGACAAAUGGCCUCCCACCAUGGCGCGCAAGACAUCGGCGGCUAUUGA